AACACCAAACAACAAUAAUCUUCACUAAAGAGUGAGAAAUCCCCAAUAAAAACGCAGCAGUAAACAGAGGCAAUUUUACCGACAUCGAGAGGUCAAAACAACAAUCCCACCGUUGGAUAUGAAGAAGAGGAUCUCAGGAACAACAUACUAAAAUUUCAUCCCGAUCGGAGCUCGUUUGGUCGUCGAUCGGAGCACAAAACCAGGCUGCACCUCUCUUUUUCUCUCUUCUUCCUUCUCUCGGUUUUACUCUUUUUUCUUCUCUGUUUUUCUGCUGUUUUUUCUUCUGCUCGUGAGUCGUGACCAGCCACAAAAGGCUUUUGCCUUUUCUACAAAGUGGCAGCCCCAAAGGUAAGUGAAAAUAUUUCAACUAAUUAACGUACGAUCCUAUGGCUACUCGUUUCUUGUUAUUUUCCCUUUUCCUGCUCGUCUGCGGCGCCGCCGGCAGCGACGACCCUACUACUAGCCGUCGGAGGUACGGCGAGAUCCCACUCCCCGGCGGCCUUGGCCCGGAGAGCAUAGCAUUCGACUGCAACGGCGCCGGACCUUACGCCGGCGUCUCCGACGGCAGGGUCCUCAAGUGGAACGGCCCGUCCCGCGGCUGGUCCGAGUUCUCCGUUCCUCUCCCGAACCGGAACAGAGCGCUCUGCGACCGCACCACCGACCCUAACUCCGAACCUGCCUGCGGGAGGCCGUUGGGCCUCAGAUUCAACCACGCCACCUGCGACCUCUACAUCGCCGACGCCUACUUCGGCCUCCUGAGGGUGGGGCCCAACGGCGGAGUAGCCGAGCACCUGGCCGACUCGGCCGAGGGAGUCCGGUUCAGACUGACCAACGGUCUGGACAUCGACGAGAGAACCGGAGUGGUUUAUUUCACCGACAGCAGCGCGGUUUUCCAGCGCCGGGAAUAUCUCAUGUCGUUCAACAGGGGAGAGAGAAGCGGGAGAGUGUUGGCGUACGACGCGCGCAACAAGCGCGUAAAUUGAGAAGUGGCAGAAGGGGGGACGCGGAGGCUCUACAAGUUUCGG